AUGGGACAAGGAUUAUCAGAUCACAAAACAAGCUAUUCAAAUAUACAUUUUUCCUUUCAGACUGAUGGAGACCUGACGGGAAAAUGUGGUCGAUGUGGGGAUUACGUCGGGGGAUCAAGACCAAACGAGGCCCCUAACGGACAGUACGCUUCCAAAAGGUCCACCUACAUCUACCGGGAAGGGGGUGUAAUAAACGUCACGGUGCAGGUCACAGCACGUGCCAAUGGCGGCUUUUUCAAAUUCAAACUUUGCAAAACAGAUUCCUCUACUGCGGCUUCUCAGGCCUGCUUUGACCAGAAUCCCCUGAAACUCGCCAAUACGGCGGAUCAAACCAUCAUACAGAUACCGGAUAUGGACGGGGAUAUCGUUGUUCCGCUCCAGUUACCAGCAGGACUGACAUGUGAUUACUGCGUCAUGCAGUGGACGUGGGUGACAGCUAGAGACUGGAGAUGUGGUAGUAUGAAUGGUCAGUUAGUUUGUGGUAUGGGAUACGGCAUGCAGCCCACCUUUGUAAAUUGUGCCGAUUUCACAAUUCUUUCCCAGAGUGCAGCUGUUCCGGCGGAUUUCCACUGGCCGGAUUACAACUCUGUAUACGCCACCAUUCACGGAGGACACACUGGGUCGGGGACCACGCCAGCACCAGCUCAAACUACAUCUAACCCUGUUAUCGUCAUCCCUACAACUACUCCAGUAACAACUCCAGCAGGGCCCGCCACCACUACUCCAUUCCCGAUCAUCACAAAUCCACCAAGUACAAGCCCAGCCCCCGCCACAACCACCGGUGCUCCUCCAACCACCACUGACAAACUCAUCAUCGUAACACCAACACCAAUCAACACCACACCAAACCCUCAGCAAACCACCGGGCCGCCAUCAUCUCUAACUACCACACCACCACUACCACAGUCCACAGAAAAACUGAUUCCCGGCCCCAUUAUUCCACCCAUUGCUCCAUUACCAGUGGCUCCAGUUGCUGCUGGGGGUUCCGGAAUUUUGGGUGGUUUAUCAUUGGGAAGUAUGAUAGCGCCUCUGGGACUUGGUCUUGGGGGACUGAUGCUUUUAAUGUCGAUGAAUGGAAGAGAAAACAGAGGAAACGUUGAAUAUAUAGAUAUUCCACCUGUGUCUAUGCCUAUGAUUUCCCAGCCAGUACAGCCAAUGUUCUCCCCACCAUACGUCCCGUCAUUCGGUUACACCAUGCUGCCUGCUCCUGUUGUUGUCCCAAUGGUGGAGGAGCCUGUUCCAGUCAAGAAGAAGGGAUACGGGAAAGGUUACGGUAAACAAGGAACAAGUUACGGUAGCAACAAUUAUAGAGGCUAUGGAAACAGAGGGAAGAAUUAUCGUAUGGGCAUUGUAAAUCCGGGCUACGGUGUUAAUGGAGGAGGCUACGGUUAUAAUGUACAAUAUCAACAAAAUUAUAAACCAACGUCAUACGGCAACAGUCGUCCAAACAGAGGAGAUGAGCAGUUUUUCCAGCUUCCCAGCAACCACGCCUUUACCAGGAUGCAAUAUGACGAAGAACCGGAAGUCAAUAAAGUUAAAACAAAGGAAGUUAUAGAAAAUCAGCCACAUAAAUUUGAUAUAUCAGCUUACAGUAAAAAGUGCCCAAUCUCACAACAAACAUGCAAACCAAGAUAUGGAGCAAAUGAACCCACGGUAUACGGGGCUGUUGAUAUAGUCAGUAUGAUAUGCGAUCUGCACUGCUCUGCACGUAAUCCUAACUGUCCAGCAGAGAUGUGCUCGUGCACGUGCAAAGAAGAGCCAGCAGGCAAAUUAAAUAUGCAGGCCAGAAUAGCCGCUGCAAGUCUGUUUGGAAAAUAA